AAUCUGACAUGCGCAGUGACUUGGAUGGAAAAAUCGGCGAUGUGCAGUCAUCAGUUACUGCUGUAUCAGCUAUGGUGGAAGUCCCUCUCAAGAAGGUUGCAACACAAAAUCACUAUAGGUCUAUUCGUGAUACCUCUACAUCAUUUGGUAGCGAGGGUAAUGGCAGGGUGCAGUUCAGUUAUCCAUAUGGCAUCACAAUCAGCAAUGAUGGAAAGGUCUUUAUUGCUGAUGCUGGCAAUCAUCGGGUGAAGGUCACCACACUGGAUGGUACAUACAUACGUGAUAUAGGCAAACAGGGCAGUGGUAAUACUGAAUUCAACACCCCCACUGAUGUAGCUGUGGAUGACGAUGGUGAUCUUGUGGUGGUUGACAGGGACAAUAAGAGACUGCAGGUCCUACAUCAGGAUGGGUCUUACGUGAAAACGAUUGGUAACGCUGCUAUCGGUGACUCGUAUGGUGUUGCAGCACUGUCUCUGCCCCAGCAUGGUAUUUGUUAUGCUGUAACCAAUAUCAAUGACGGUUGUGUGAGAGUGUUUGAGAAAGGAGGAAGGCAGUUGAACAAGUUUGGUACUGAAGGAAGUGGACCAGGACAGUUCAACAAACCAGUGGGUAUUAUCUCGUCCAACGGCAGAUUGCUGGUUGUGGAUCAGUCCAAUCACCGUAUCCAGGUUUUCACUACUGAUGGAAACUUCAUUACCAUGUUCGGAUCAAGGGGAAAGUCAGAUGGUCAGUUCGAGAACCCGCAGUUCAUUGCCGAGGAUAGGCAUGGACACUUCCUGGUCACUGAUUUUUACAACAACCGUGUUCAAGUGUUCGCUUCUGACACAUUCUCUCACGUUGCUACCUUCGGUGCAAGCAGUUGUCUUUCUCGUCCGUACGGCAUUGCAGUAUCACCCAGUGGUACUGUGUAUGUUAGUGACACUAGCAAACACCGUAUCACAAUGUUCUAACUGUUGUCCUGGAGCAUCUUGUUUCUUGUUCUACACUAAUGUUUCUCACUGCUGUGAAACAAGAACAGGACCAGUAUUAGCAGUUUUGUUUGCUCAGGCUUUACUAUAGUAUUUCAGUUUUGGUUGUGUGACACAUCGAGUAUGCAUAACCUACCCAGUAGCUAACAUGCAUUGGGCAGGCGAACAGUAGAUCCAGCCAAGUCCUGACCGACUGGAGCAGUUCCAACAUGUCUGAUUAAGAUGAUGAACUGAUGAACAUUGCCAAUUACUGUUUAUCAUGCUUGCAUGAUUGAAUGUGUGCUUGCAUAUGUGUGUAUGUGUUUGUGUGUGCAUUUGUUUGUGUGUGUGUGUGUGUGUGUGUGUGUAUGUGUGUUUGUGUAUGCGUGUGUGUAUGCAUGCAUUUGCUUAUAAACUCCUGCCCUGAGUUGUAUAUAUACAUGGUACUUGGAUCACUCUCAUUGUUACAAUCCUAUUCUCGAUGUGCAGAGGAUGAUUCUAUUGAUUGUGUUAGCUGCGUGCUCUUUUUCCUUUCUCUGAAAAUCUAUUGCAUUUCAGCGAAAUGUCUCGCUGCUUAGUAUCGCAAUACAUCAAAAAGUUUUUUUAUGUCACUUUUGGAUACAAUGAAGAAUGAGCACAUUGUCCGAGGUACUGUUUUCUUUCUAUCAUCUUUCGUGGUGUUUUCUGUUAGUAUCUUUAUUUUAGAAAUGUUUCAAAACUCGUUUUUUUAUAACUGCUGCUGCAUACCCUUCUUGUUUGAUCUGAAGAGAUGGAGUA